GCCUAUCACGAAAUUGGCCAAGUUAGAGCUCUAUCUCCUUGGAACCAUCGAUCUCUAUUUUGGAACUUACCUUAAGUUAUAAGCCUCAUAUAUUGACAUAAAGUAUAUUGUAUUACUCAUUAUCAAAGUAACUUAUUUUUACCAUUAAUAAGUCAAGAUGGCAAACUACAAUUCCUUCAGAAUUCUAUUGCGAUUCGCCAAAGAAAACCCAACCGUAAUUUAUCGCACCAUCUGCUGCAAUGGAAACAGUCGAUCUGAGUUCAAGUCAAUGCUAUUGAAACGAACCCAUGAACCCAGCUACAACAUUGUUCGAUACUACAAGAACAUAAACCACAAGGAGCCUCCUACACCAUUUAUCGGGAAAUUGUGGCAUGCAUUCCUUGGCCUCGCAAUGUUGUGUACCAUUCUAGACUUUGACUACUUUGUGGACUUGUACAACAGUAAGAAAUCAAAAGUUCCCGAGUUUCCCAAAGUCGAGGCUGCUUCGGCAGCUCGUGUUGUAGAUCAGUCUGAUGGAGAAGUGAAGGUAACAGAGGGAGAAGAAGAAGGAACAAAGAAAAAGAAACGCAUCAAAGAAAAAGUGGGCUUCAGAGAUCGUAAGAUUAUAGAGUACGAGAACCGCAUAAGACAUUUCUCCACGCCUGAUAAGGUUUUCCGAUACUUUGCCACUCUGCAAGUUUCGCACGUUCACUCGUCCGGGGCCGAGUCUCACGAAGUGUUUAUGACCCCUGACGACUUUCUCAGGUCAAUGACCCCUGGCAUCAAGCAACCAGAUGGCCUUGGUUUGGACCAAUACAAACGAUAUGACCCAAAGGAUCUUCAUGAGUGUGAUUUUUCAAUUAAGAACGUACACAUGAAGCUGGAGUUGGCGCUAGAUGAAGACAGCAUAUUCUACAAGUUAGGCAGUUCUGGUUUGAUCACGUUCUCCGAUUACAUAUUUCUUCUCACCGUUUUAUCGACUUCUCGUAGACAUUUUGAGAUCGCUUUCCGCAUGUUUGACCUGAACGGCGACGGUGACGUGGACUCAGAAGAGUUUGAGAAGGUUGCAACGCUGAUACGGCAACAAACAAGCAUUGGCAGUCGUCACCGUGACCACGCAAACACUGGAAACACCUUCAAGGGAGUGAAUUCAGCUCUGACCACUUACUUUUUUGGUCCAAACAUGACCCAAAAGCUGACCAUAGAGAAGUUCCUAGAAUUCCAGGCUCAGCUGCAAAAAGAAAUCCUUAGUUUGGAGUUUCAACGCAAGAACCCAGAUGAGAAUGGAAACAUCUCAGAAGGCGACUUUACUGAACUUCUAUUGGCAUAUGCUGGCUACGCACCGAAGAAGAAAGCAAGAAUGCUGAAACGAGUAAAGAAAACAUUUCGAGAGAACGCCCAAGGUAUCAGCAGAGACGACUACCUCAAGUUUUUCCACUUUCUCAACAACAUCAAUGACGUGGACACAGCCCUGACGUUCUACCACAUCGCGGGUGCAUCCAUAGAUCAAGCUACUCUGAAGCAUGUGGCCAAGACUGUAGCACACGUUGAUCUGAGCGAUCAUGUUAUCAACGUCGUCUUCACCAUCUUUGAUGAGAACAUGGACGGGCAGCUUAGUAACAGAGAGUUUGUGGCUGUGAUGAAGAACAGGCUGUUGCGAGGGCUGGAGAAGCCUAAAGACACGGGCUUUGUAAAACUCAUCCAAUCUGUGGUGAAGUGUGCCAAGGAAGCAAGGCCGGUCCUCUUUGACAUCUAGACACUUGUGUACUACUACAUGUACCUCUACUGUGCUUUCUUGACACUCGUUUGUACCCUGAAAGAUUACUAUGUGCUCGCUUAAGCUAACCCAGCUUUAAACUGUAGGUGGGUAGUUGGAUGGGUGUAAGGCUUACCUAGUGGAAGGAUGUGGAUUCGAUUGUGAGAAAAGUCAGUAGCUUUUCGAUGGUUGAUUUAGGUGUGUUGCUGUUGCUAGCCAAUUAGUUACCACCUUCGGUGCAAGAGGGGCAGAUUUUAUUCUCAGCAGGUCUACAAAACAUUUGACUAGUUGAGACUGCUUUCCUUUAAAAACGUUUGUGAUACCGGUACUUUCAUUUAAAAAUGUAAAACGGUUUAAUUUUGUACAAGCUGCUAUACCCGUGCUUUGCAAUGGGAAGAAAAUGUGACCUAGAGAGCUAUUCAAGUGGUGCUGAUGUGUGUUUUAAAAUACAGCAACUCUAUGAUUUAGUUUGAAAAUAUAAACUGAUUUAAAAGUGUAAUCCUACUUUCAAACCCCUACUUUUGAUGUAAAUAGAUCCAAAAGAACAUACCUCCAUACGGACACAUACCUUAGCAUCAAUUUCUUCAUAUUGCUGCUUCAUGAAUGACAUGUUUUACCAUAAUUCUUCAAUUUUAGUCAAGCCUCUUUCCAUGUAGCUUAAUAUAUAAAUUACAAAAUGAAAACUUUGAGCAAUACUUAAACUAAACUUAUACAACCUUUCUUUAAAACCAAACAUAACCCUCCUCAAUCUUCAUUUUUCUAGUAAAUAAACAAACAUUAAUUUAUUGCACUGACCAGCUGUUUCAUGAACUAAAUUGAAUUAUAUCAUUUGAACUUUGGAAAUAUGCCAGGGGUAGCCCUUUGGACAUUAGCCUGUGGGGCAGAGCCCUUAGGAAAUUCGUCCAUAUCAAUACUUUUCGGCAAAUCUACACACUCUAAGCUUCAUUUUGAUGUGCCAUAUGCCUAUAUUUUUAUUUGGUAAAUGACCUUAACCGUUUACAUAAAAUUUGAUUGUAUCACUUUAAUAAUAUAAUAGAUAUACAGACACUAUUAAACUGGACCCAGAUGUGGACCAUUGGGCUUUUGAUAAAUGAGUCUGUAAAUAUACCCAUCCUUCACCUUAUGCAAUAUCAAUUGAGAUGGGGACGCCACCUAGGUGGAUAUUUUCACCCAAAUAUGACAAUUGUCAUGUCUUUCAGCACUUUAUUACUCCAUAAAGCGAUCAAGCUAUGCACUUUUAAAUGUUUAAAAUUUUCAAGACGUUUUAAAAAAAAACUGAUUUCUCAUUACCAGGUUAAGGGCUUUUAGGAUUGUUGUGAGGAUUAGCAGGCUUUUACCAGAAUGGGAAAGAGUUUCUACAAAACUGUAUACUAUACACACAAACUUAAAUAGUAUACUGUCACCGACAAUAUUAUUAUAUGGGACUCUCUCUUCAAAUCAAAAAUUCCUUGGUUUAAAAAUUCUGCCAGUUAGUGAGUAUUAUAAUUCAUAAAAUAUUAGCGCCACCAAUAAGUUUUGAAAAUGUUAACCCUCUAAGUUGUAUAAUAAUCACUUUAAUAAUAAUAAUUACUACAGUGGUGGUUCUAGGACCUUGUCAAGUGAAGGGGGCUACCAGGGGGUGUGGGAAAAAAGAAGGGGGUCCGGGGUUCCCCCUUCAGAAAAUUUGUUAUGUUUAAAGCUAUUUGGUGACUUUCUAAAGCUAUUUGUAACAUCUGACACAACUGUUUUCUAACAAAAUGGUUAGAUCUGUGUCCAAAAAAAGCCGAUACGUUUUUAGGACAAAAUAUCAGUUUUUUUCAGGUCCAGGGGGAGCUUUAGCCCCUGUAGUCUUCUCCGCAACUUAAGUAGGUACCGCUACUGCUUAGCUAUUAUCUCGGAGACAUUAUUGCUUUCACUGUCAAGAAAGCACAGUUGAAGAGUUGACGUACCUUUGUCAUGUAAGCAUGUAAGGGCUCGAUGUAUUGCGAGUAAUACUUGGGAACUAAAUACUUCUACCUAAAGGAUAAUUUAUUGGCCACAUCUUACAUUGCAUUGUAUAUGUUUAUCUUAACUGAAUUGUUACAUCAUCUUCUCAUACCUAAUGUUACAGUAUGCGAAUGUUUGGAGUAUUUUGUAUGUUUAUGGGGUAUCCUUAUUGUUUCCCAACUUGUUAGUAAGUGUUAUUUAUUUUACCAUAAUUUAUUUUACAGUAAACGUCAGUUCAUCCAAAUGAUAUAUUCAAUGAUUUUCUACAUUAUGUGGAAUACCAACGCAAAGCAGGCUUGUAUGUCUUUUUCCUUUUUUUUGAUGUUUAAAAUAAAAACCUAACGACACUAAAAGAUUAAUACGGUUCAAAUCAGUUAGUUAAACCAAUACAUUCAUUACAUAUACAUUAGAUGUACAUCCAUAUAUAAAUCCCAAAGUACCCAUGAACUUUUGAGAAAACUACAAGUCGCAACCCCAUAAACCAUAUACUUAAAAACUCGCCAUAUACUUAUACUCUCGUCAUGACGAGAAACCUUGCGCAAAACUAUCCAUUAUUUCAUAAAUUGCCCUUUAAGGUCGUAAUUCCUUUCUACUUUUCAUUAAAAUCACAUUAAAUACAGGGAACUUUUCAUUUAAAUCAGGUGUGAUUAUUUGUUUGUAUUACUGCAUUCUGUUUUGUUUAUUUCAGCAACUUAACCAAUCCAAUCAAUAGUUUUAUUAAUACAUACUUAUCAAGUCAAACGGGGUGAAGCCUGUGGGUAACAGCACAUUAGGUAAACAAACAUUGUGGUUGGAUAAAAAAACUUGAACAACUGACACUAAAGUAGGUAAAAAUUUAAAAUAUCUUGUAUUAUCAGAAUGAUUAUGUAGAAUGUAUUAUCAGAAUUUUGAACUCAUAAAUAAAAUAUAUUUUUGAACGAAACUCUGUUCACAAAAUUUAGGUGGUUUAAGGGGAAGGUUUUUUGAGUCUCCCCUCCAUGUUUUUAGCUUAUACAUCAGCUGAGCAGCUGUCGGCUGGUGUUUCAAUGUUAGAUUGAGGUAGAGGGAAUGGAAUCGCUUCCCCCCAAACCGCCUAAUUUUUGUGAACGGAGUAUAGUAGCAAUUAACAGUCGUAAAUUUGCAAAAAAAAUGCAUAAGUGUUUAAGCUGUACGGAGUUCUUUGUAAUCAAAGCUUUAGUCCAAACUUAAACAUGUAUUUUUAAAGCCUAAAACUGAAAAAUCUGGCCCCCCUAAGAAAAAAAUCAUUAAUAAAUAACAAAAGAAAGAAAUACUUUAUGUAACUUUACCACUAAAAUACAAUCCAAAAAUAGAAAAUACAUCUGGAUGAACUGUGAUUUACUAUUUCAUUGUAUGCUGAGUUUGUUAAUGUUUCCUGUUAAGUUUUAAUUGUAUUAAGAAAUCUGGUGUAAGCAUGUUUUGCACUAUGGUGUAUGUAACAUCCUCUAUGUAAAUGCAUGAUUAUCAGUCAUACCGUUCAAUAAAAUGUCGGAUCUUAAAAGUCUAGUUAAGCUUAUUUUUUUCAGCGACUAUAACAGUGAGAAGUUAUUUAAUAAUGUUGUUAAAGGUAAUGUUAAUUUUAUUUGUAUUUAACUAUUUACUAUCGCACAAAGUAUAUUAUCCUGUUGCAUCAUCCUCUUUAAAUACAAUUUCUAAUGAACUAUCCUAUAUCCUGUUAAAUAAAUUUUGUCUGUUAUUUUUUAGGUAAAUCAUAAUUGUCCUGUAUUGUUGAGUAUUCAAGUGGCUUAAAUCUGAGAAUAUAACUUUUUUUUGUUAUUUUUAGGUUUCUUAGAAGCUAAAAACUUGAAACCUCUUUCAAACUGGUGUGCAGUGAGUGCAGUAUGUUGAUUUUAUUUUUCUAUUGCAAACAUUCUACAUUUUUAAACUCAGCCUAUACCUAUUGUAUUAAUAAUUAUAUGAUUAAUAUGAUCAAUUUCCCAUUUGAUUAGGACAGAUAGAGGCAGUUUUCUGUUAGGAGGUUUGUAUCCUAAAAAACUAUUUUUGUUCAAAUAUUCUUAAACUUUAAUAAUACUUUCGUUCUGUUUCAAAAGUCAAAUAAUGUUUGCUAUUAUGGAUUGUUUAAAAAUCUGUGUCAGUACAUCAUCACAAUUUUUUUUAAGGACCUAUAAUUCCCAAAGUUGAAGAUCUAAUCUAGACUAAUCAGAAAUAUUUAAAUUAGUAUCCGUGAAUGCAUCCAUUUAAUAAUUCCUUUUGGAUUUUCAUAGUCACAAAACCUAAGGGUGUUACCACUUCUUUAAUUUAAUUAGUAGUCAAGUUUAUAUUUAAGAAAAUCAGUCUCUAGUUAUAGUUAUAAAUCAUCAGUAUACUAACAAUUUAAUUUAAGUUCUGAGGUGUAUUACUUCAUUUACCGGAAUAUAAUUUUUUGUUCUAUUAUUUGUGUUGUUUAAAUUUAUUUAAGUUAGUAUACAUAGAAGCAAUCUUAUUAAAAUUUGUUCGUCAAAUCUCUGAAGUUGCCUUUGAUUACAGUACUACUCUGCCAAAAGUAAUCAAAUUUAACUAAUAACACUAAUUAAAACUUGGUUUAUACCUAUUUUAAAAUUAAUCCAGUAAAUUCACAUUUGGAUCUACUAGUUAUUGAAAUCAUGGAACAUAAAUAUGAUACAUUGAUAAUGAAAUUUUCAAAUUUACAUUUUUCCAAUGUAAAUUUAUUUACAUUAGCAUCGUAGUAUUUAUUUAUGUAGUAAACGAUAAUGAUUACGCUUGUUAGUAGUUAAGAUUUAAGAUGUAAAAAUUAUUCAUGAUAAGUACAAUGUUACUUAAUACAAAUUUUAAUGUAUACAUUAUACAUUAUUUAUAAAUGAAAAUUUAGAUCUUAUAACUUAUAUUUAACUUUAUUUUCUGUAUUUCAGAUAAGAGAAGAACUCAAUGGAUUGUUUGCGUGUUUCCUCCUUAUAUAGGCAUUGAAAAUUAAUUAUUAGCAAAUAGCUAUUAUAAUCGACAGUUAUGCUGAAAAUUUGUAAAUAAGAAUUACUUUACCCUUGUUAAUGAAUUUAGUGGAAUAAAGAUUUUUCACUAUCCACAAA